AUGGCAGCUUACCACACCCGUUCUAACAGUUUCCCCUCAAAAUCUCACCCAGUUUAUGAUCAAUUGGAUGAAAGUUUGUGCAGAUUGAGGUCAUCUCAAGCUGCCUCUACUUCAUCAGUAACCAACAAACUUACCGACCUUAAAGAUUUAUACAAGUGCGUUGAUGAGUUUCUUCAACUGCCUCUUAAUCAGAAAAAUGUAUCUCAAACUCAAUGCGUUGAGCAGGUGUUGGAUGGAUCUCUAAGACUUCUCGACAUUUGUAGCACAUCAAGGGAUGUUUUGGUACAAUCAAGGGAAUGCCUCCAAGACAUUCAAUCAGUGCUAAGAAGAAGGUGUAGCGGUGAACUUAACAUUACCAAUGAAGUCGGUGAAUACCUUAAAACACGAAAAACAUCCAAGAAGAUCAUCAAGAAGUGCUUGAAAGACAUCAAGGAAGUCGACAACACUAACGAGGCCAAUGUCCUUAAUGAAGUGCAAGCGAUAACAGUCGAAGUUUUCAAGUCAAUGCUAUCCUACAUUGGUGGAUCACAAAAAAGUAGUUGGUCUUUCUCAAAACUCAUCAGCCAGAAAUCUGAGAAGGAAACAACAACACCCAUCAGUGAAUUUGAUGCAGUUGAUGCUACUUUGGAGUUGAUCUGUCAUAAAAAGACAGCAAAUGUUGAUAUGUCACAAUUAGUCAAAUUUGAAUUAGAAAUUAAAGAAAUUGAUGAAGUCUUAGAAUGCUUAUUUAGGCAUUUAGUUAAGACUAGAUCAACUCUUCUCAAUAUCCUUAGCAACUAG